AUGGCUGCAGUGACAUGCGCCAUUUGUGAGACCAUUCCAGAGAUGGAGCAUGAGUACAUCUUCCACAUCCUGGAACCCGUGUUCACCGCUGUCUUCACCUUGGAGAUAAGCACUCGAUGGUGGGUCGCAGAUAGCAACUGGGACUUCUUCGCCAGCCCCUUCAGCAUCAUCGACAUGCUCGCCACGCUACCAGGCUACGUUGACAUAGUCCUUCCCUUGAUCCUGGACGCCGACAACGAGAUGGCGCAGGCCGAAAAGCAUAAGCGCAUCAUCAGCAUGAACUCUCUCCGGGCCAUCCGGCUCGCCGACUUGAUGCGAAUCGUUCGGCUGCUGCGGGUGCUGCGUGUGGCGAACACAAUGCGGCAGUGGGAGAUGAUCAACGUGGUGCUCAAGUCGAUCUAUGGCUCACUUCAGGGCAUUCUCGUCCUUAUCUCCUUCACAACAGUAGGGACCAUUCUUUCAAGCACCGUGGCCUACGUCUUCGAGAUGGGCGAUGACACCAAGUUCACGUCCAUCCCAGCAAGUAUGUGGUGGGCGGCGUCCACAAUAACCGCUGUGGGCUAUGGCGACCUG